AUGGAGCCCAUAUCUUCAGGAUCCUCACUUCAAAGCAAUAUGAGAGAAACAGUACAAACCCAACAUGCGGAAAUACUCCCACAGGUGUCAAAUGAAAACAAAAAUAAACCUAGCUGCGAACACUUUGAGUCUGUCAAUGAGUAUAUCAUGGUUGGGGGCAGACUUUUCAAAAAGGGUGACACGAACAGCUUCUUGGAAGACCUAGGUUCCGGUACGCCUGUAGAGCAACCAAGACAAGUUGGUUUCGCCAAUCCCCUCCCACUAGGGUUAGCUUCUUUCUCGUUUAUGUGUUUAACAUUAGGUUUGGUAAAUGCAAGAGUGCGUGGAGUCACCAAUCUUUAUUUAUUGAACGCAUCCUUUAUUUUUGGUGGUGCCGUUGUUUUGCUUUCAGGACUUCUUUCCUUCUGCGUCGGAGAUACAUUUUGUAUGACCGUUUUUGGAUCAUUUGGGGGGUUUUGGAUUAGUUGGGGGUGUCUCAACCUUGAACAAUUCGGUGUGACUAAAGCAUAUGCCGAUGAUCCUCAGGCACUGCAAAAUGUGCUGGGAUUUUACCUAGCAGGAUGGACCGUAUUCAAUUUCUUGGUCAUGGUCUGUUCCAUGAAGAGCACUUGGGGGAUAUUCCUGUUGCUACUUUUUCUGGACUUAACAUUUUUAAUGUUAUGCAUCGGUUCCUUCACACAAAGCGCUAAUGUGUCGAUGGCAGGAGGAUACUUUGGUAUAUUGAGCAGCUGUUGUGGUUGGUAUUCCUUAUAUUGUUCAAUCGCGAAUAAAGAUAGCUCCUACGUUCCUUUAGUCGCAUAUCCAAUGCCAGGUUCUCAAAUUGUAUGA